UAUACAUCAUUAUAAAUUGGCAUUCUCUUUCUUUGGGUCUAAACAUUCAUCCAAACUUGCACAUUCCAACCAUCAAAACACAAAACACAAACUGAUCGAUCAGCUUAAGAAAAGCUACAAUGGAGGUUCAAAUCUUGUCCAGGAAGUUGAUAAAACCAUCAUCUCCAACUCCAGAUCACCUUAGAACCUACAAGUUAUCCUUCUUUGAUCAGCUGGCUCCUCCGGCACACGUGCCAUUCUUUUUCUUCUACUCUGCACGUGCAGCUACCAACACCGCCAAAGAUAUAAACAUACACAAACAGUUGGAAACAUCAUUAUCCCAGACCUUGACUCGCUUUUAUCCGCUAGCAGGAAGAUAUAUAAAAGAUGAGCUUUUGAUCGAUUGUAACGACGAAGGGGUUGCAUAUUUGGAGGCCCAUGCGAACUGUGAGCUCUCUGAAAUUGUUGGCGAAAGGCUUCCGAUUCAUCUUGCAGAUCAUUCUGUGCCACGGGACAUUGGGGCAGCGACUCUAGUCACUAGCCCGAUUGUAGGUAUACAAGUCACACGGCUUAAAUGCGGAGGUGGUGUGACGUCCAUGCCAUCUUUCUUUGAAGAGUUCUUCCCAUCCAUUAACCGGAAGGAGAAGCUUGAAACUGGAACAAAUCAGUACUGUAAAUUCGACAGCGAAACACCGACCAUGUUUACAUCAUCACUGUAUUUUGCUUCUCUUAUCGCCUCCUCCAUUGCCUCCGUCGUCACCCGGGAAAUCGGACGAAGGUGGUCGAUGCUCUUUGGUGGAUUUCUCUUCUGUGCUGGUGCUAUUUCAAUGGCUUCGCUAAAAAUGUCGUACUUAAGAAAAGCUACAAUGGAGGUUCAAAUCUUGUCCAGGAAGUUGAUAAAACCAUCAUCUCCAACUCCAGAUCACCUUCGAACCUACAAGUUAUCCUUCUUUGAUCAGCUGGCUCCUCUGGCACACGUGCCAUUCUUGUUCUUCUACACUGCACCUGCAGCUACCAACACCGCCAAAGAUAUAAACAUACACAAACAGUUGGAAACAUCAUUAUCCCAGACCUUGACUCGCUUUUAUCCGCUAGCAGGAAGAUAUAUAAAAGAUGAGCUUUUGAUCGAUUGUAACGACGAAGGGGUUGCAUAUUUGGAGGCCCAAGUGAACUGUGAGCUCUCUGAAAUUGUUGGAGAAAGGAUUCCGACUCGGCUUGUAGAUCAUUUUGUGCCACGGGACAUUGGGGCAGCGACUCUAGCCACUAGCCCCAUUGUGGGUAUACAAGUCACACUGCUUAAAUGCGGAGGUAUCGUUCUCACUGUACACGCUUCACAUAUCAUCGCUGAUGGCUUCACGAUGAGUACUUUUGUACAUGAAUGGGCCAUUACGAACGGACUGGAUGAUACCAGUAAAGUGCUAAAAUGGCCUAGUUUCGACUUGGCUGCUCUUUUUCCGGCUAGAGAUUUAUCAGGAGUACUGAAGCCUCAGCCACCACCAAAGAACACCGGAUCAGCUGCUAAGAUUGUCACGAGAAACUUCGUGUUUGAAGGCAAAACAAUAUCGGACUUGAAGGCCAAGUGCAUGCUCGAAGUUGGUGGUGGUGGUACUGAAGUACUAGUACGCCAACCUUCAAAGCUGGAGGUUGUAACAGCAUUGAUAUGGAGGGUCCUCAUCAAUGUUGCCCGUGCAAAACACGGCCAAUUGAGGGACUCCGUGGUGUCCAUUCCAGUAGGGUUACGAGGAAGAACCGGUGUGGUGACACCAGAGUGCUCUUUCGGGAACUUCUACAUGUUAGUUCCGAUCAAAUUUAAGUCGGACACGAGCAACAUGGAGUUGCAUGAUUUGGUUGGCCUAGUAGGCAAUACGAUACAAAAAAAUCUUACGGAUUUUGCAAAAAUUACAAGUGGUGAUGAUGUUUUCUCGAAUGUGAUCAAGUUUGUGAAUGAAAUUCGAGAAGGAAUGUGUGAUGAGAAUGUGGAAGUUCGUUCAUUUACAAGCAUGUCCAAGUUCCCUGUGUAUGAAGCUGAUUUCGGUUGGGGGAAGCCAAGUAGGACGUUUGGUAGUGUGAAUAUGCCAUUUGAAUUGUUUUCUUUAUUGGAUACCAAAUGUGGCACUGGAAUUGAAGCAUGGGUGAGCUUGAACGAAGUGGACAUGUUGAAAUUUGAAUGUGAUCCGGACAUUCUGACUUUCACUUUCUCGCCAAAGUAGCAUCAGCAUUCAAGGGGCUAUUGAAACA